AUGACGGACGCCUUCACGGUCCCUGUCGCGCUGCCUGGAGCGGCGGAGGCAGAGCUGCUCGACAGAGAUCGAUCACGGGACGGCGUCCAAAGUAGGAGUGGCGUACGCGCUCAGGAUGCGCCUGUUAAUACGGCACGUGCUCUAGAUCCCGAGUAUGAUGGUCGCCAUAUAAAGCGCGGUUACGACUACGCAGAUCGGGACGACUUGGAGCACAAUCACGGCUACGGACGUCCUGGCUACGGAGAUCGUGGUUAUCCAGACAGCUCCUUGGAUAACUACACGGAGGAGAUGCAGCGAAAACAACAAAAGUUGGCGCUUGGUGCGAACGCGGCAGCCAUCAUUGCCUCGGACACAGUUGGGCUGGCCAGUUGCGGCAUGAAUGCGGGUCCGGUGGGGAUGGGCAUGGGAGUUCUCCAGGGUUUGCUCAUUGGCGGUAUAGAGGCGAGCAAUGCCACGCGCAACCUAAACGCACAAAACCGCCGUCCGCGCUUCGUCUACGGCUCCGUUGCUGACGACGAGACCGGCUUCUCCGUCAUGGUCGUCUUGACGCUCCUCGGUCUUGCUGGCACCGCCGUCGCGUGCGCCCGCUACGGCAGCCUCACCAACGACGGCAAGGCCAUCCGCAGGGACACAGUAUACCUCGACGCCUACGAAAACCCUGACGCCGACGACUACAACCACUAUAAAACACUCAUGAAGAACCGGUAG